AUGUCUCCAGUCGCGGCGCUAGUAGCCGAGCAGGAAAGGCGGGAAGCUGAGUUCCGUAUGGCGCAUGUCAGAGUUAAGGAGCGAUCCGAGGACAUCCUUUUCUCACGCGGGGAGGACGUCGAGGCGUGCCAUCUCAGCGCUAAGCACGUGGAGAGGGGCUGGCGAAUCGGAAGCAACGGCACGAGAGCUGACGAGGAAGCAGCCGGCGAAGCUGACAGGAUCCUGCAGUACUCCAUUCACUCUGUCCCGCCCGAUCUACGCUCCCUGGUAGGGACCCUGCUGCCACAAUCCGGAGACGGAUGGGGGAAGACGGAGAUGAGGUGGGCAGCUGCACGUGUGGGCGAGGCAUGGAGCAUGAGUGUGGAGGAUGUGAUAGUAGAGGAUGUGGGGAUGGAAGGAGCGGAAAUCGAGAAGGUGAGGAUGGAAGAUGUGAGAACGGAGGAGGUGAGAGUAGAGUAUGGGGGGUUGGAAGGUGUGAAGAGGGGGGAGGUGAGAGUAGAGGAUGUGAAGAUAGUGGUGACAUUUCAGUGCAGCGAUGUGCCACUCUGGCCUAUCCACAACAAUUCAUCCUCCUCUGCUGCUGGUGCUUCUGCUGCUGCGGCUGCUGCUGUAUCAGAAGUUGCAAAUGCAGAUGGCGCCUCAGCACAUGCAGGCAUGAGUCCAGCAGACUCCGCCACAGCAACGCAGGCAGACGUCAGCAGGGCAAUGAACCGGCUGCUCUUCAACUUCCGCCUCUUCCAGCAGCAGCUCUGUGAGCACAUCUGGGCGGCCGGUCACUGGGCUGACGCUGUUGACCCCCUCACUGGCUACCUCAUGCACUCUGCUUCUGGCAGCAGUGGCAGCAGCGCUGGUCGUAGUGCCGGUGGUGGUGGCAGCAGUGUUAGUGCCGAAUUUGGUGCUGCUGGCAGCAGUGGUGGCGCUGAGUUUGUCAGUACUGGUAUCGGUGCUGGCUGCACGUGGCCGUUCCCCUCCCCCAUCAAGUACAACGAGGUGGACGUUGCCCAGAUCCUCCUCGGUUAUCCUGUUGCUCCCACUGCCACGGCCAGUGAAGCAGCAGCAGCUUCAAUGGGCUCCACAGUGUUUUCCUAA